UGUUGGUAAUGAUAGUGAGAGAGGAGUCAGAGCACUUGCUAUCUGAGCGUGUCCAUGAGCAGCCAGAGAACUUGUACUGAGAAGUCCCACAGUAAAAGAGGAACAACCACCCAAGGAAGGAUAUAUCUGCUUCUGUGAGGUGUAUGGAACACGGGACCACAGAAAAGGGAAGGCGGGCCGUCCAGGAGGGAGAGUAAUUCACAGGGGCUGAUAAGCAGGGUCCAGUUUGUCUCUCUUUCUCUCUCCAUCACUCUACAUCAGCUCGCUCUCAACAUGGAGCCCAACAGCCCCAAGAAAAUUCAGUUUGCCGUUCCACUCUUUCAGAGCCAGUUGGAUCCCCAGGCGGCUGAGCAUAUUCGCAAGCGUAGACCGACUCCAGCCACACUGGUCAUCUACAGUGAGCCCAGUGCAUCAGGCGAUGACAAGCAGACUACAGGCAGUCAAAUGGAGGCCCAGCUGUCUCCCGCCCAGAGGAAACAGAGCGUCUACACACCACCUACAAUGAGAGGUAAAGAGCACAGCGAUAGCCAGCAGGAGGAGAGAGAGAGCCAUCAUCCUCACAGACUCUCUCAAAAACACCUGGACACACUGUCAGAGGAACCUGGGGAUCUGUUGCCACGACGCAAAGACACACCCUACCAGCACCAGCCACCUUUCAUUCCUGGGGUAAAGGUGCUGAAUAACCAAACAGAUUCUUCUUCGCCUUUCCAGGAGGAUGUGGAGAACAGCGGAGAACAUAAAGACCGUCAGACAGAGUAACAGAGUUACACGAUGAAGUGAAUUAAUUCAUAGUAUUGUUUGGAAGCUAUUUUCAUUAUACCUUGUUUCCAUUUUUUUAAAAAUUUUUUUUUAUUUGAUUUUUAUUUUUAUUGUUUGCAGGUGAAAUUGUUCUUCUGUGUACAGAUUUUGACAGUGAAUACAGUCAUUUCACUCCAAAAGACAAUGGGGCCUAAAAGUCUGAGACCCCAUUGAAAAUCAGGGAGUUUUUUUGUUUUGUUUUGUUUUUUUCUCCAAUUUAACAUUGAAAGAAACAGAAUUUUUUGGGAUUUAAAAAAAUUUUAAACAAAGAAAAGGACAUAAAACAAAGUAGAAAUAUUUAAGAUUCUGCACUAUUUUCAAACGUGUAAGCAAAUUUGUGACAUUGGCCACAAGACAUCAGCCAUUUGGACCCCACUGUUUAUAUUCUCUUGUAUUGUUUUGUUUUAUUUCAUAAUAUUAACCUUCAUGCUGUUAUAUUUUAUUAUCGCCUGAUGGCUCUUUUAAAGUUUUCUAUGAACUUCAUGAUUAGUUAUAAAAUGAAAAUGUUACAUUACAAAACUGAUGCUCCGCCAAUGUUUUAGCAAUACAUGGAGAGGAUUGCAAAUCACAUCCUGCCACUUUAUUUUUGAUCACCUCAUGUAGAAAGAGCUUGACGUUUUGUUGAAACUUUCUCUGACAAAAGGAAUAUUUUUGUAGGUAUGGCUGUUUUGUAUGCAGACGUGACUCUGAUGUCCCCACAUGACUGUGUAUAGCUCACCAACUCUCUGAAUUUCUGAAAUGUGGGCAUCAUACAAAGAGUUAAAGCUUUAUACAUACUCACAUGAUCAUUGGAUUAUUUUAGAUCUUCUGUUAUAUACACAAAACAUUAGAAUCAUCAGCCUGUAUCAGUGUCUCAUAAUACCAUAAUACCAAGUUAACAACAGGGCAAAUUUUGUGGUUUGUGUAAAUAAGUUUGAACAGCUAAGAGCUCUUUUAUGCCACUAUUUUAAUGAGGUCACCAACAAAUUUAAAAGAAAAAUGAUAGGGAACUGUUUUUUUCUGUCCCAAUCAUUAACAAGUAUUUCCCUUAUCUGAUUCAGAUUUAGAUUCAAUAUCAAUUGAUAUGGGUAUAUAUAUAUAUAUAUAUAUAUAUAUAUUAUUUUUUUUUCUUCUCCCCUUUUCUCCCCAAUUUGGAAUGCCCAAUUCCCAAUGCGCUCUAAGUCCUCGUGGUGGCAUAGUGACUCCGGGUGGCGGAGGACGAAUCUCAGUUGCCUCCGCAUCUGAGACCGUCAAUCUGCGCAUCUUAUCAUGUGGCUUGUUGAGCACGUUACCGCGGAGACAUAGCGCAUAUGGAGGCUUCACGCUAUUCUCCGCGGCGUCCAUGCACAGCUCACAACGUGCCCCACUGAGAGCGAGAACCAAAUUUAGCGACCACGAGGAGGUUACCCCAUGUGACUCUACCCUCCCUAGCAACCGGGUCAAUUUGGUUGCUUAGGAGACCUGGCUGGAGUCACUCAGCAUGCCCUGGAUUCGAAUUCACGACUCCAGGGGUGGUAGUCAGCGUCAAUACUCACUGAGCUACCCAGGCCCCGAUAUGGGUAUAUUUAAGUUAUAAUGUCAAUUUUGCUUCCAUAUGAAAGAAAUUUUCACCCAGCUAAUGCUGUUAAUUAUACAGGGGACCUUCUAACUAGGUACAUUAUCAAGGUAGGUACAAUAUAGGUACAAUCUCAAAUCCAGGGCGUGACUCCAGUGAGGCUUCCUAAGCAACCAUUGGCCCGGUUGCUAGGAUGGGUAGAGUCACAUUGGGUUAACCUCCUCGUGGUCACUAUAAUGUGGUUCUUGCUCUUGGUGGGGCACGUGGUGAGUUGUACGUGGAUGCCACAGAGAAUAGCGUGAGUCUCCCGUGCGCUAGGUCUACUCAGUAACGCGCUCAACAAGCCACAUGAUAAGAUGCGCGGAUUGACAUCUCAGACGCAGAGGGAACUGAGAUUUGUCCUCCGCCACCCGGAUUGAGGCGAGUCACUAUGCCACCAUGAGGACCUGGAGCGCAUUGGGAAUUGGGCAUGCCAAAUUGGGGAGAAAAAAAAAUGUACAAAUCCAUGUAUUCCAUCAAUAAAUAUGAUAUUAUAUA